UCAUCCAUAAAGUGAAAGCUAACGCAUAGAGCCAUAUCGUCCCAAAAAAGAAGAAAUUUUCCGAAAAAAGCUCUCCAAAACAUUCUCUCUUUGCUCUUUACCCUCUCUUUCUCUCUAGAUCUCUCUCUCUCCGCCUUUCUAUUUGUCAAAGUUCAUGGAUGCUACGAAAUGGACGCAGGGGUUUCAAGAAAUGAUAAACGUAAAACCAAUCGAGCAAAUGAUUUCGGACACAACCAACAACACAUCGCAACAACAACAACAAACAUUCAUCGCCACCACAACAAGGCCAAAUGCUACCGCAUCCAACGGCGGAUCUGGCGCCGGAAAUAACAAUAACACGGCUACUACGAUGGAAAGUAGAAAGGCGAGACCACAAGAGAAAGUAAACUGCCCAAGAUGUAACUCAACGAACACAAAGUUCUGUUAUUACAACAACUACAGUCUCACGCAACCAAGAUACUUCUGCAAAGGUUGUCGAAGGUACUGGACCGAAGGUGGCUCUCUUCGUAAUGUCCCUGUCGGAGGCAGCUCAAGAAAGAACAAGAGAUCCUCAACACAUUUAGCUUCACCUUCCAAUCCGAAACUUCCAGAUCUGAACCCACCGAUUCUUUUCUCAAGCCAAAUCCCGAAUAAGUCGUCAAAAGAUCUCAACUUGUUGUCUUUCCCGGUCAUGCAAGAUCAUCAUCAUCAUCAUGGUAUGUCUCAGUUUAUUCAUAUGCCCAAGAUCGAGAACAAUAAUACUUCAUCCUCAAUAUAUGCUUCAUUAUCUCCUGUCUCAGCUCUCGAGCUUCUAAGAUCCAAUGGAAUCUCUUCAAGAGGCAUGAACACGUUCUUGCCUGGUCAAAUGAUGGAUUCAAACUCAGUCCUUUACUCAUCUUUAGGGUUUCCAGCAAUGGCUGAUUACAAACAGAGUAACAAUAACCUUUCGUUCUCCAUCGAUCAUCAUCAAGGGAUUGGACAUAACACCAUCAACAGUAACCAAAGCGCUGACGAUAGUAAUCAUGCUGAUGGCAUGAAUGGGGCAAGUAGAGUUUUGUUCCCUUUUUCAGACAUGAAAGAGCUUUCAAGCACAACCCAAGAGAAGAGCCAUGGUAAUAAUACAUAUUGGAGUGGGAUGUUCAGUAAUACAGGAGGAUAUUCGUGGUGAAAAAAAAGGGUUAAGAAGAGAUCAUGAACUUAUUAGCUUUUCUUCUCUCUUUUCACUUUUUUUACCUUCUUAUUUUAUUAUAUUUUUGCUUUGAUGAUCUUUUGUUUUUUCUCACAUGGGGUACUUUAGUUAAAGUUGUCAGAACUUAGUUUACAGAUUGUCUUUUUAUUCCAUCUUUUCGGGUUUUUUAAAAUAGAUAUAUUUUCAUAAUUGGGUUUGAUGGUAGUUUAUAAUUUUUUUUUAGUAUCAUAAGGGUCUUUGCUCAUGAGGAAUGGUGAGGGAUAUGAAGGUAGAAGAAUAAGUGAAUACGAGGGCUUUGUCUGUAAUCAAUGAGAUCUGUAUUCAUCAUUUCUUCUAUUUGUAUGAACACGAGGGCUUUGUCUGUAAUCAAUGAGAUCUGUAUUCAUCAUUUCUUCUAUUUGUAUAAG